AAAGAAAAUGAGAAGACGGAUCACAUCCAUCGGGGCUACACUUGUUAUCGUAGUCCUUACGAUGGCUGCCAUUAUUUCUCUUGCUCGCUCUUUUCGUCGUCCCUUAUGCUUUCCUUCUGCUUCAACCCCCAAGCAUCUUCUUAAAUCUCGUAUCUGUCCCCUCUGGUCUUCUUCCUUCUACUUCUGCCUCCCUCCUCCUCCUCUUCGCAAUACUCGCCUCCGCCACUCCCACCUACCUACGCCUCCCGCCGCCGUUGAUCCAUUCCGUGCUUCAUUCUCCUCCGCCACAGCACCAUCCCCAAUGUCGACCGUUAGUGAUGAUAAUCCUCUAUUGAAGGAGUUUGAGUUUCCCCCCUUUGAUGUCAUCGAUGCCAGUCACGUGCGCCCUGGGAUGCGUGCUUUGUUGAAGAAGCUUGACAGUGAUUUGAUGGAAUUGGAGAAGACCGUGGAGCCGUCGUGGCCGAAAUUGGUGGAGCCGUAUGAGAAGAUGAUGGAUCGGUUGUCUGUUGUUUGGGGAGCUAUUAAUCAUCUCAAGUCUGUUAAAGAUACUCCUGAACUCCGUUCUGCCAUUGAAGAAAUCCAGCCUGAGAAAGUGGAAUUUGACCUGAAAUUGGGUCAAAGUAAACCUAUAUACAAUGCUUAUAAGGCUAUAAGGGAAUCACCGGACUGGGCAACACUAAGUGAUGCUCGCAAACGAAUCGUUGAAUCAUCAAUAAAGGAGGCUGUUCUUAGUGGUGUCUCCCUUGAAGAUUCUAAGAGAGAAGAAUUUAACAAAAUUGAACAGGAGUUGACAAAACUUUCUCGAAAAUUUGAGGAGAAUGUUUUGGAUGCCACUAAGAAGUUCCAAAAAAUAAUAACAGAUAAGAAGGAAAUCGAAGGAUUGCCAGCUACAGCUCUUGGCUUGGCUGCACAAACUGCCUCAUCUAAGGGUCAUGAAAAUGCCACUGCUGAAAAUGGGCCAUGGAUGAUUACUUUGGAUGCUCCAAGUUUUAUGUCUGUCAUGCAACAUGCUAAGAAUCGAGCUUUGCGGGAGGAAAUUUACCGUGCUUAUGUAACCCGUGCUUCUAGCGGAGAACUAGAUAAUACUCAAGUUAUUGACCAAAUUCUGAAGCUUAGAUUGGAAAAAGCUAAGCUUCUUGGCUACAAAAACUAUGCAGAGGUAAGCAUGGCAACCAAGAUGGCUACUGUUAGUAAAGCAGAAGAGCUACUGGAAAAGCUCAGGAGUGCUUCCUGGAAUGCUGCAGUUCAGGAUAUGGAAGAUCUCAGACAGUUCUCCAAAAGUCAAGGCGCUUCUGAAGCUGAUGACUUGACCCACUGGGAUACCGCCUUUUGGAGUGAGAGGCUACGUGAAUCAAAAUUUGAGCUAAACGAGGAAGAACUGCGACCUUACUUUUCAUUGCCUAAAGUCAUGGAUGGUCUUUUCAGCCUAGUGAAGAUGCUGUUUGGCAUUGAUGUUGAACCAGCUGAUGGUUUAGCACCUGUUUGGAAUGCUGAUGUCAGAUUUUACUGCAUCAAGGAUUCAUCAGGCAAACCUAUUUCAUAUUUUUACUUUGAUCCAUAUUCUCGUCCCGCUGAAAAAAGAGGCGGUGCAUGGAUGGAUGAGGUUCUUGCAAGGAGUCGUGUACUAUCAGAUGACAGAACCUCUGUUAGGUUGCCCGUUGCGCAUAUGGUGUGCAAUCAAAUGCCACCUGUAGGAGAGAAGCCAAGUCUUAUGACAUUCCGUGAGGUUGAGACUGUGUUCCAUGAGUUUGGUCAUGCACUCCAACAUAUGCUAACAAAACAAGACGAGGGCCUUGUUGCUGGUAUACGUGGCAUAGAGUGGGAUGCUGUUGAAUUACCUUCUCAAUUCAUGGAGAAUUGGUGCUACCAUAGGGAUACUCUGAUGAGUAUUGCGAAACAUUAUGAAACUGGGGAGUCGCUCCCUGAAGAGAUAUAUCAGAAGCUUCUUGCUGCUAAGACUUUCCGUGCUGGUACCCUGAGCCUUCGUCAGCUAAAAUUUGCAACAGUUGACCUGGAGCUGCAUAGUAAGUAUGUUCCUGGCGGGUCUGAAUCGAUCUAUGAUGUUGAUCGAAGGGUCAGUGAAAAAACUCAAGUAAUUCCUCCGCUUCCAGAGGACAGGUUCCUUUGCAGUUUUAGCCAUAUUUUUGCAGGUGGGUAUGCUGCUGGGUAUUACAGUUAUAAGUGGGCCGAAGUGUUGUCUGCUGAUGCUUUCUCGGCAUUUGAGGAUGCUGGAUUACAGGAUGACAAGGCUGUCAGAGAGACAGGGCACAGGUUCCGUGAAACUAUUCUUGCGCUUGGAGGUGGAAAAGAUCCGCUAGAGGUUUUUGUUGAAUUCCGUGGACGGGAACCCUCUCCUGAGCCGCUGCUGAGGCACAAUGGCCUAUUGCAGACAGCAUGAUAUAUCUAUAUAUAUGGGUCUAGCUGAACAGGGAAGAAGUUGAUCCUUUUGUUCAUUGCCAUCCGAAUUGUUGGUUUUUUCUUGGAUUAAAACAGGCGGCUGCAGUUGACAUGACGGUCUAUUUACUGUUUUUCUUUGUUUAAAUUGCAAAAGGAAAACGUUUCUAAUGUGAUGCACACUACAAAGUACAUUUUACGAAUGACGAAAAUCUAACUUUAGGAUUGUCAUCUUUUGCAAUCUAUUUGGAGGUGCAAUGUUCCAUCUUUAUUUUGAGUUGAUGAUUCAGUCUAUAAGCCAUGGGAAACUCCAAUUUGUUGGGAGAUUAAGGUCUCAUGUAAGGUGAUAUCUGUUUUGGCUCAACUGUAAGCUUUGCAUAUACGUUAAUUUACUUACGGCUUAAUAAAUAAGUUUAUGGCU